UACCCGUUGAGAUGUUCAGUGCCUGUUGAGAUGUUCGAGUCGGUUAAAACCCAUGAAGCAGGUGUAAUUGUCAAAGAGACAGGGGUGAGACUUGACAUGUUUAAACGUGAACGCGUUACGUUUCGUUUAUUGGAGUUCGUAGAGGCCACACAUCGUCUUAAUGCUUAUAUAAAAAAUGAAUGUU